CGUGCGAGUAUUAAUGUAAUGAUAAUUAUACAGUUUAUCAAUAUUUUACAAAAUCAUGUCUUUUACAAAAGGGUAUGUCAAUUUUAGUGAAUUCUUCAAAAUUGCUUACAAUGCUGCAAUUGUAGAACCAUACGCAAAUCGUUUUAAAAUAUUGUCUGAAAAAGGAGAUAGGGAAGGAAUGAUAAAAACUCUGAUACAGAUACCAUAUAUUGAAAACAUAAAAAUUGUUGAAUCGUACAGGGGUAAGGAUAAUAUUAAAGCAACAGAACUUUACAGGAAAAAUCGCGAAAUAAUAGCUAAGGAUGGAAUUAUGCACGAAGAGACAAUUAAGAGCAAUAUUCUUAUUGAAACACUGUUUAAGGCCAGUGUAACUAGUAGAUUAUUUCUGGAUGCGCUUUUAGAUUGCGCACAGACCUAUUAUAAUUCGAAAGCUUUCGUAAAAUGCCUAAAAUAUUGUGAAUGCAUGCUUGCACUUCCUGAAAGCCUUUACGAUAAAACUGCUGAAAGUAUGAACGAUUUUUUGGAACGUAGAAAAGCAUGUGUUCAAUUAGAGCGUGAAUGCUAUAAAAAUUUGAAAGUAUCAUCUUCUCGGGAUAGAAAUGUGCGUAAGAAAUACAGCGGGAGUCAUAAUGUUCCUUUUGGAGACGCAUUAUUGAGUUAUGCAUCAACAAUACCUACUCUUGAUGGGAAACAACAUACUAUUCUUAAAAGUUGUUCUGAUGCUAUUACUUUACAAUUUGAUGAGAAGCGUGGUCGACAUCUUAUAGCUACCAGAAACAUUAAAGCAGGAUCUGUUCUGGUCAUUGAAGCACCAUUUGCUUUCAGUACAAAUAGAGAAGCACUUGAUAGAAAUUGUUUACAUUGUCAUAUUACGCUUAAAUUGAGCAACAGUGUUAAAAUCCCUUGCCAUUUUUGCCAAACAGUAUCUUUCUGUUCAGAAAAAUGUCGCAGAGAAGCAUGGGAAGCAUAUCAUCAAUACGAAUGUUUCAUAUUUGAUGCUUUCUAUGGAAGUCAUUUUGAACAAAUGCAACAUACUUCACAUUUAUUGCUAGCUUAUAGAAUGAUAAUUUCAGGAUUUUUAUCUUCAAACAAUGAACAAAUUAACAAUAAUAUGGAAAAAAACAAUAUUCCUUUUCUAAAUGAUAAUUUCCUCCAACAUUAUGUUACAACCACAAUUAAAGAACAUAAUGACUUAGGAACAAAUGAAGUUUAUAAUCCUCAUGAUUAUCGUACUAUAUUAAAUUUAGAAACUCAUUGUACGAAGAUGGAACCUAGCAUAAAUCUUAAUCGUGCUAUUGAAGCUAUAUUUUUAGCAAAGUGCUUUACUUUUGUCUUGAGUAAAAGAAAUAUCGUUUGCUCAAAAGAGUAUUUCAUCUCCUUGAGUGUAGCAAUAUUGCAUCAUUUGCAGGCUAUUAACUGCAAUGCUUAUGAGAUUGUAGAAAACAUAUAUGAUAAACAAACGCAUGUUUGGGUACCAAGAAAUGUAGGUGGAGCAAUUUAUCCUUCAGUUAGCCUUAUAAAUCAUAGUUGUUAUCCAAAUAUUGUUCGUCAUUCUUAUCCAUCAGGAAUAGUUGUAAUAAGAACCUUACGUUUUGUCGGUAAGGGUACCGAAAUACUCGAUUGUUAUGGCCCACACUGGCUUAGCGAAAAGAAGUUAUCAAGGCUCGAAUAUUUAUGGAAAAAGUAUCGUUUUCUAUGUUCAUGUGAAGCUUGUACACAUAAUUGGGAAUAUCCGCUACUCGAAAAAAUGAAUUAUAAGUGCAAAACAUGUUCAAACAUUAUUGGUAUAAUUGAAUUAAAUGAACAACAUACACCAAACGUAUUGGGCAAACAAUGUUCCAACUGUGGUAGGAGAAUUGAUAUAAAGAAAUUAAAAAAUCAGUUUCGAAAAUCAGUUGAAAAAAGAUUGAAUGCUAUUUCUAAAAUGUAUGAAGGUUAUUAUCAACAAGCUUUACCUCAAUUGCUUGAGCAUAUACAAUUUAUUGAAAAGUUUUUUACUGUACCCAACAUGGAAACUAUCAAAACACAACAAUGUAUUAUUCAAUGUUACAAUCAGUUUGGUUGUACUUCACAAUAA